CAAAGCCGCUGCUCCCCGCUCGCAGACCCACACUAUAAAUUCGGAGCCACCCCUUCUCCCAUUCUCAGAGCAAAUUAAGCGCUAAAAUCUCCCAAAAAGAAGAAAAUUCCACCGCCGGAAUCGCAGCCGCGCACCCAAAUCCCGGCGAACGAACGAACGCCACCAUGAGCUUCUCCUCCAUGAGCAAGCAGCAGGUUCUGGAAGCUGCCGACGAGGUCGGGGAGGAGGUGAUGGAGCUCAUCCCGGGCCUGCCGGAGGAGGUCGCCGAGAAGUGCCUCCUCCACCUGCCGUUCCUGUACCACCGCCUGUUCCGGACCGUGUCGUCCACUUGGAACAGGUUCCUCACCGUCUCGCCGGCCAAGCCGGUGGCCUUCCCGUCGGGGGCGUCGGCGUCGGUGGCGCUCUCGCUGCCGUUCCUGUUCGCCUUCGCGUUCGACCCGGCGUCGCGGCGGCUGCAGUGCCAGGCGCUCGACCCCUUCUCUCGCCGGUGGCUGCUGCUGCCUCCCGUGCCCGGCGGCGCGGCGGCUGGGUCGUUCGCGGUGGUGGGGCUCCCCCGCCGCGGCGAGAUCUAUGUGAUUGGGGGCGUGGAGGAAGGGGGCGACAAGGCCGUGAGGAGCGUCGCGGUGUACAGCGCGGCGAGGAACGGGUGGGAGGAGGCGGCGGCGAUGGGCACUCCUCGGGGGUACAUGGCGGCGGGGGAGGUGGGAGGGAGGUUGGUAGUGGCCGGGGAGGACGGGGAGGCGGAGGUCUUCGACCCGGAGGAAGGGAGGUGGGCCCCCGCGGCGGCCCGGCGCGGCGCGGCGGUGGCGAGGUACGACGCCGCGGCGGCGGGCGGGAAGCUGUACGUGACGGAAGGGUGGGCGUGGCCGUUCGAGCGGGCGCCGCGGGGCGCGGUGUACGACGCGGCGUCGGACUCGUGGUCGGAGAUGGCGCGCGGGAUGCGGGAGGGGUGGACGGGCUCCUGCGCCGUCGCCGGCGGCCGGAUGUACAUCGUCGCCGAGUACGGCGAGUGGAGGCUGAAGCGGUACGACGAGCCGCGGGACGAGUGGAGGAUGGUCGCCGGCAGCGGGGUGCCCCCCGAGGUGAGGCGGCCCCACGUCGUCUCCGGCGAGGUCGAGGAGGUCGGCGGCGGCAGGCGGCGGAUAUACGUCGUCGGCGCCGGCCUCGACGUCGCCAUAGGCACGGUCUCCCCCUCCCCCUCCCUCCACGGCGGGGACGACGAGAGGGUCGACUGGGAGGUGGUCAAGGGCCCCGCCGAGUUCGCCGGCCUCGCGCCCUGCAACGCCCAGGUCCUCUACGCCUGAACCACCCCGCCCCCGCCCCCGUCGGUGGAGCGUCGCAUCGCCGCUCGCCAGAACGCGCCCCACCACCGGUCGCAACUAGCAGCGCACCCCGCUCCUGGCGGGCCCCACUUGGCAGGGCCCACCUGGCAGCAUCACGUGAUGACGACGCCUCCCGCUGCUCACUGCUGACGCCCACCCACGGGCGGAAGGGCAGCCAGGUCGCUGGCCGAUCCCGCAGGCACUGCCUCCCCACGUGGGACCCACCCGUCAGCGACUCCACCCCGGGGGGCGAAAUGGUCUUUUCGCCCCCGCUGCCCGGCUCUGCAUCUCGAUUCUAUCUUGUCAGAAAGAGCAGAGAAGAAGGGAAUGGCGCGUGCUUCUGUAGUAGCAGUAAAACUUAAAUACCCGUAUUUACUCCCUACUACUAGCAGCAGCAGCAGUACGUGUAGUAUAAUUGCAAAUAUUUGCGGGAGGUUUUUUUGAACAACCGAGGAAAAGAAGUUUGCAGUUGUUCACUUUAUUGUGUAAAUUAAUCUUAUCAAA